AUGAGUGAGAUGGUCAAGCUUGCUGGCACUGUAGAAGAUGCCAACAAGAUGUCAAGAGCUUCGGAUCAGAGCAAACCUUGGGCUGAGGCAAAGGAGAAGGACAAGGGCAAAGAAAAGGCUCUUUAUUGUCGAAUCCACAAGCAAGGCGACCAUGACACUGACCAUUGUUAUUCGGUGGUGAAACUCGCCAACUCCAAGCAUGGUGUUCAGCAACAGCCCAAACGCAACAGACUUUGCGACUUCUGCCACGAAGUUCCUUACCGCAAAGGUCACUCGUGCACACCUAUGCUUGAAUACAACGCCAGGAAGGAUGCUGAGGCUAAGCAGCAGCACAAGAAGAUUAUGGCAAGAUUUGCCGCUCUCAAGUAUUUGGGCAAAGAGCACAACGAAAUCGAUGUCGACGAGCUUAUGGGCAGCUCUAGCAAACAAUGUAAGAAUGACAUUUGGGUUAGAGCAACGCAAAAGGAAAAGACUGACGAAUGCCUUUUAAUUCCUAUCAUGAUACAGAAUAUAGAGAUCAUGGCCUUGCUCGAUACGGGUUGCACCCCAUUCCCUUGUCAAUAA